CUUCGUGUUCAUUGCCGCUACUUUUCAAAGUUGGAAAGAAACCCCACUUUCUUGGUGAACAAUUCAUUGCCGGAAUAUUCUUUCUCGCAUCGGAUCUUUUUUCUACUACCUAUAAAUACCGUAUACUCCUGCCGGAGAAAUUUUGCUUCGUAUUAUUAGAUCUGAUUUCAGAUCUUCUCCGCCGUGUAUUGCCGUUGUUCAUCUGAGUUGAUUGCGUGAACAAGUGGGAGCAGAUCGGAGAGAAAUGGGCAGCAGCGCCGGAGAUUUGUUGAAAUUGAACGACCACCCGAAGCUUCCCAAGGGGAAGACGGUGGCGGUGGUGGUUCUGGACGGCUGGGGCGAGGCCAAGGCCAACGAGUACAACGCCAUCCAUGUAGCGGAAACUCCCACCAUGGAUUCUCUCAAAAAGGGUCUUCCGGACAGAUGGAGAUUGAUCAAGGCACACGGUAAGGCAGUGGGGCUUCCCACAGAGGACGAUAUGGGUAACAGUGAGGUCGGACACAAUGCGCUUGGUGCUGGGAGGAUAUUUGCGCAAGGUGCAAAGCUUGUAGACCUAGCCCUUGCCUCUGGUAAGAUAUAUGAUGGAGAGGGUUUCAAUUACAUAAAAGAAAGUUUUGCCACUGGAACCUUGCACCUAAUUGGGCUACUGAGUGAUGGAGGGGUUCACUCCAGGCUUGACCAACUGCAGUUGCUGCUGAAAGGUGCAGCUGAACAUGGUGCCAAAAGAAUUCGUGUCCAUGCCCUCACUGAUGGACGUGACGUCCUUGAUGGUUCAAGUGUAGGAUUUAUGGAAACCCUUGAAAAUGAUUUGGCAAACCUACGUGCAAAUGGUAUUGAUGCACAAGUUGCUUCAGGUGGAGGCCGCAUGUACGUCACAAUGGAUCGAUAUGAGAAUGAUUGGGAUGUUGUCAAGAGAGGUUGGGAUGCCCAAGUGCUAGGUGAAGCUCCAAACAAGUUUAAGAAUCCUGUUGAAGCAAUCAAGAAGCUGAGAGAGGCUCCUAAAGCUAAUGAUCAGUACUUACCUCCAUUUGUCAUUGUUGAUGACAAUGGGAAAGCUGUUGGGCCUAUUGUGGAUGGUGAUGCGGUUGUAACUAUCAACUUUAGAGCAGACCGUAUGGUUAUGAUGGCAAAGGCUCUCGAGUAUGAAAACUUUGACAAAUUUGACCGUGUCAGAUUUCCUAAGAUUCGUUAUGCCGGUAUGCUUCAAUAUGAUGGGGAGUUGAAGCUUCCUAACUGUUACCUUGUUUCUCCUCCAGAAAUUGACAGAACUUCUGGAGAAUAUCUAGUGCAUAAUGGUGUCCGAACCUUUGCAUGCAGUGAGACUGUUAAAUUUGGUCAUGUCACCUUUUUCUGGAAUGGAAACCGCUCUGGAUAUUUCAAUGCUGAUAUGGAAGAAUAUGUUGAAAUUCCAAGUGAUGUUGGAAUAACAUUCAAUGUCCAGCCAAAGAUGAAAGCUGUUGAGAUUGCUGAAAAGGCGAGGGAUGCUAUUCUUAGCCGGAAGUUUGAUCAGGUACGUGUUAAUAUCCCAAAUGGUGACAUGGUGGGUCAUACCGGUGAUAUCCAUGCUACAAUUGAUGCCUGCAAGGCUGCUGAUCAAGCUGUCAAGAUGAUCCUAGAUGCAAUUGAGCAAGUAGGGGGAAUUUAUGUGGUCACUGCAGAUCAUGGGAAUGCGGAGGACAUGGUCAAGAGAAACAAAGCAGGGAAACCUCUACUUGAUAAAAGCGGCAACAUUCAGAUCCUUACUUCACACACUUGUGAACCUGUGCCUAUUGCAAUUGGUGGUCCGGGAUUGGCACCCGGAGUGAGAUUCCGCAAAGAUGUCCCGACAGGAGGGCUUGCCAAUGUUGCUGCAACUGUUAUGAAUCUGCACGGUUUCGAAGCACCCGACGACUACGAAACCACGUUGAUCGAGGUUGGUGACAACUAAAUGACUGGGAUUUUAGGGAGAUUUGAUUUUUAUAGUUAUUGAAAUUUUGGCAUUUCUAUGAGUCACACAUAUUGGAAUAAGAUCUUUUUUCCCCCAAAAGACUGCCAUCUUCAGGGCCGUUUUUGCUUCUCAAGAUUGGUUGGAGAUCUCGAGGAUGAGAGAUUUAUUACUCUUUGUAUUUUCCCAUUUUCAAGAAAGUGCAAUUUCCAUAAAGCUUUUAUGCUUUCUUACCCACAUUUACUCUUUGAUUUGAUGAUGUUUUUUGACGUUAUUUUGUUGUGUGAAGUACUUUUAUUUUAAAUUCUUUGCUUGACUUUACAAGAAAUGCAUUGUGAAAUU